AGACUGUUUUCCUGUACCACAGAUAACCCUAAAUUGUGCAGCUGUGGCUGACAGUGGUCCCAAACAUCAUGUCCGACCAGGAGGCCCAGGAAAAUGAGCUGCUGGCCCUGUCCAGUAUCUAUGACGACACUGUCUUCAUCGCAGCUGAGGAUGGGUCUGGGGGGCAGUUUUGCUCCAUCAUUGAUCUCCCUGACAACUUCCAGAUCAAUGCACCAGCCCCCCCUGGAGAGUCAGUGAACAAGGCAACUGUCAUCCCAGUCAAGUACCUCCCUCCCAUCAUCCUUCACUUCCAGUACCCAGCCGAUUACCCAUCAUGCAGUGCACCCCAGUUCACCUUGUCCUGCAAGUGGCUUACCUUACAGCAGGUUAGUUGUCUUGUUCCACAACUUUACUGUGGCCGGAAGAAGGCCAAACUGCAAAACACAACCACGAAGUCUCCCCUGACCGUGCCCUGUGAGAAGUGUGGCCACCACACGCCUGUUCCCGCUAUGAACACGACUGUCGUCAAGAUCAAGAACUACAGCUUCAGAGAGUGUCAGAAUGUUCAGUGUGGGGACAAGAACUCCAUGAACUUCGCAAGUACAAAGGCCUCCUCUGACUAA